AUGUAUGUGUGCCGUGUAGAGCAAGUAGAUGCUCGGUGCCUGCUGUACGCAGCAAGUGCUCCCUGUGCACGCGCUGACGCCCCCUCUCCUGCAGGCAAGAAGAAUUCCAUCCUUCUGCACAAGGUGCAGCAUGACCUCAACUCGGGCGUAUUCAACAACCAGGAGAACGCCAUCAUCCAGGAGAUCGUCAAGUACGACCGUGAGAUGGUGCAGCAGGCCGAGCUGGGUCAGCGCGUGGGCCUCUUCCCGCCGCCGCCGCCACCGCAGGUCACCUCGGCCAUCGCCACGCUGCAGCAGGCCGUGGCCAUGAGCUUCUGCCCGCAGGUGGCGCGGCCGCUCGUGGGGCCGCUGGCACUCGGCUCGCCGCGCCUCGUCCGCCGCCCGCCCCCGGGGCCCGCACCUGCCGCUGCCUCACCGGGGCCCCCGCCCCCUGCCAGUCCCCCGGGCGUGCCCGCCAGUCCCCGGGCACCGCGGACCUCGCCCUACGGUGGCUCGCCCGCCGCCCCCCUCGCUGGGCCCGCCCUGCCAGCGCGCCGCCUGAGCCGCGCGUCGCGCCCACUGUCCGCCUCGCAGCCCUCGCUGCCCCAUGGCGCGCCCGGCCCCGCGGCCUCCCCGCGCCCGGCCAGCAGCUCCACGCCGCGCCUGGGGCCGACGCCUGCUGCCCGGGCCGCCGCGCCCAGCCCGGACCGCAGGGACUCGGCCUCGCCUGGCGCCGCCGGCGGCCUGGACCCCCAGGACUCCGCGCGCUCGCGCCUCUCGUCCAACUUGUGACCCUCGCCAACCGCCCCGCGGGCCCAGGUGGGCCGGGGGCGGGGCCGUCAUCCAGACCAAAGCCAUGCCAUUGCGCUGCCCCGGCCGCCUGCCCGCCCAGAAGCCAUAGACAAGACGUAGGUAGCCGUAGUCGGACGGACGGGCCGGACCGGUGGGGCAGCCCCCUCCGUGCCCCUGGCCGUGCCCCCUCCUCGCCCUGCGCCCACCCCCAUCGCCCCUGCCCCCGGCGGCGGCCUCACGUGCGAGGGGGCUCCCUUCACCUCGGUGCCUCAGUUCCCCCAGCUGUAAAAUAGGGACGGGGCGGCCCAGUGGCCGAGAGGAGCCGGCUCUGGACUGGAGCCCCGCCCGCCCCCCGCCCUCCAGGUGGCCCGCCGUCCGAUGAGGAUUGUUUUUUAAGUGCAAUACUUGGCCCGCCAGCUUCCCGCUGCCCCCAUCGCGCUCACGCAAUAACCGGCCCAGCCCCCAUCCACGCGCGUCCCGCGGUGACCUCCGGGAGCAGCACCCCCGGCUCCCUCCAGCAUCGGCACCGAGGGGCGGGCCUGGCUGCGCAGGGCGCGGGGGCGAGGCUGGGGUCCCGCCGCCGUGAUGAAUGUACUGAAGAGCCGAGGCAGCAGUGCCCCCACCGUGGCCCCCACGCCCCAUUAACCCCCACACUCCCAUUCCGCGCAAUAAACGACAGCAUUGGCGCC